AUGUGUUUAGAAUACAAUGUUAGAAUACAAGGUAUUAUAAGUCGAGGAGGAUAUACAUAUUCGUCAGAAUUCACCACACACAAGUUUGUGAUGAAAAACACAACAGUUACUGCUAAAAUGGACGAAAAUGUGUUUUUAAUAUGGAGGACCGGUUUUACCGACACUAAUAUGUUCACUGUUGAAAAGAACAAUAAAAUAAUAUAUACUUCACAAUAUGGCGAUAUACUUGAAAAUAGUCCAAGCAAGAAGUACAAAUUUGACAACAUCACGACAGAUGUAAGCACAAUAAAUAUAACUGUUAUACAUGUGAAUAAAAUAGACGCUGGACUUUACCAAACAGUGAAAGAUGGAAAAGUGAAUGGGUGUUGUUUAUUAGUUGUUACAGAUAAACCAACGAACCCAACUUUAACCAUUGAUCCCAAGCAACCAUUUGUCAACAGCAGAGUUACUUUUACCUGUCAUUCAAUGGUACAACGAUGGCCAGAGUAUAUACCUUCAAAUUUGUCGUAUUCAUUUUUUGGAAACUCAAGAGGUGAUGAUGAAGGCAAUAAGUUAAUAAUAAACACUCUUGAUAAGUCGGAUAAAGGAAUGCACAUAUAUUGUCAGGCAACUGAUGAUCGUGGGGAAGUAUCUAUCAUGAGUGGUACUGUUACGCUUGAUCCUUUUUAUGGUCCGGACAAUGUUGAGCUGCAACCUGGAUUCACAGCUCUCAAUGUUACAGAAGGAACUACAUUAGGUCCUAUUAAUUGUACUGCAACCUGCUAUCCGACAUGUUUAUUCGACUGGAAACUAAACAGAACAGGUACUUUUGUAUCUGUCCUCUCCAGUGAAACUCUAUUUUUAGCAAACAUAACGAAGCAACAGGCCGGGACCUACCGUUGUCGUGUUGAUCAUCGUUAUGAUAAUGAUAAAAAGCACUGGAAAAGAACAGAUAUAUCAGUGAAUGUACAGUAUUCUCCAAAAAUUAAUUCAUUUUGGAUAAAUAGUGAGAUAAACCCUUCAACUCAUAGUUUUAAUGAAGACACGAACCCAAGGAUUGUACUUCGUAUUGAAAGUAACCCAGAUCCGCAAUUAGAAGUAAACUCAUCUUUGUUGACGGGUUCACCAUUAAGUUAUACAAAAAUGUCAAAUGGAGAUUUCUCAACAGAACUACCAUCUCUAAGAUGCGAAGACUCUGGAAUAUUUACCAUACAAGCACGAAAUGGUAUAGCAUAUGGGGAUAACAAAACAGUAAACUUAACAAUAUUGUGUAAACCUCGGAAUGUAAAAAAAGAUCACACAAUAGGAGCACAGAUCAACAACGAAUUACACAUUAUAAUGCAUGUAGUAUCAUUUCCAGCGCCAAAUGUAACGUGGAUGCGUACGCCAUCAUACAUAUGGAGGGUAAGAAGAGACACAUACGAUUACAGAUACAACAUUAGUUCUACCAUACAAAUAACGUCGGAAAAAGGUUUUGGUGAUUACGGACUAAGAAUAUGCAAUACAGAAGGAUGCAUUGAGGAACAUAUCACUGUGAAGCCGGAAGAUAGACCAGAAGCACCGCAAAAUGUUUCUUAUGAAGCAACAACAUUUAGAUCAGUUAAUCUUUCCUGGAUUGCUGGAUUCAAUGGAGGUCAUCGACAAAAUUUUUCUGUCCAGUUUAAAACUGUUGAUGAUGACAAUUGGGACACCAGAAUUGUGCAAACUAGUGACACAGGAACCGGCAGUAAGGUAUACUACACAUUGGAUCUGCUUAAACCUGACACUCUGUAUCAAGUUAUGGUUUUGUCAACAAACAAACAUGGAAAAAGGAAUGCAUCUCUUGAAUUCAAAACGGAAGUGGAACCAACCUUAUCAUCACCAUCGUCAACCUCGGUUUCGCCGUUAUCAAUUGGAAUCGGAAGUGGCAUUGCAGUUUUAGUUUUAACUAUCAUUGUGUUAGUGUUUAUCAUGAGAAGAAAGAAAACCAGCCAAACUGGUAUGUAA